AUCCCUAUGUGAAGAUCCAUCUGAUGCAGAAUGGCAAGAGGCUGAAGAAGAAAAAGACUACAAUUAAAAAGAACACUCUGAAUCCCUACUACAAUGAGUCUUUCAGCUUUGAAGUACCAUUCGAGCAAAUUCAGAAAGUGCAAAUUGUUGUGACUGUUUUGGACUAUGACAAGAUUGGCAAGAAUGAUGCCAUCGGGAAAGUCUUUGUGGGCUACAACAGCACCGGCGCGGAGCUGCGGCAUUGGUCAGACAUGUUGGCCAACCCCCGGCGGCCCAUUGCGCAGUGGCACACCUUACAGCCCGAGGAGGAGGUAGAUGCCAUGCUGGCAGUCAAGAAGUAAAUUAAAUUAAAUUAAAUUAUGAAGAAGAAAAAGAAGAAGAAGCCUUUCUGCAUUUGCCCACAUAGUGCUCUUUAGCCAGUAUCUGUAAAUACCUCAGUAAUAUGGGUCCUUUCAUUUCCAGCCAUGUGUUCCUGACACAGAUCAGUUGUACUUUUAAAUUCCCAUUUUAAUUUGCACAAAUUUAAAUGUAGAGAGCCCUCUAAAGGCGCUUCAUUUCACCACUGCCCCCCAGAUCUACUCUUCUUUUAAGCAAUAUGAUGUGUAGAUAGAGCAUGACAGAAAUUAUUUAUUGUAUCACACAGUUGUAUAUAUACACCAGUAUGCUGAGAAUUUAUUUCUAGUUUGUGUAUUUGUAUGUUGUAAGCGUUUCCUAAUCUGUGUAUAUCUAGAUGUUUUUAAUAAGAUGUUCUAUUUUAAAUUAUGUAAAUUGACUGAGAUAUAGGAGAGCUGAUAAUAUAUUAUAGGGUAACUAUUGUAUCGUCUGCAUUCCAGAAAAAAAAUUCCAACUUGUAAGGCACUAGUAGUGUUACGCUGACAUCUUAAAGGACAACUUAAAUCUGAGCUUUCAACUGGACCAUCCUAAUAACACGCUACGCAUCCACAGUGACUCUUGGAGGGGCAAAUCCAAUUGGGUAGAUGUCUUUCACAGGCAACUUAGCAUGAUCUGAGCAGCUCCAUGGCUGACCUCAAGGAGAUGUAGCCAGAAGCCAGGAUAGAAUUUUUUUGUAUAUAUUCCAAAGCAAACACAUAACCGACUGAAAUGGCUUUAGAUUGAAAGUUGAGGAAGCAGUUCUGUAGGAGGCAAUGAUUUCAUCUAACGUACAAAGUAAGACCAUUGCAGAGGUGGUGCAGGGAGGGGGGGGAAGGGAGGGGCGAGACGCAGCAGUAGCGAAAUGCUGCCAUGAAAACAAGAGUAGCUCUCCGUUAUCACCUUUAUACAAAAUUUACAUACUGUGAAUUCCAUCCACAAUUUCACAUUAUAAUAAGUUUGCACAUUAGACUUUGUAACAAAAUAUUUUAUUAUACUAACUCAGAUUAGAAGGAAUGCAGAAUAUUUUUUAGACACAGCCGUGUGAGUUUAUUAUACAAAAUAGUUUCAUGGUAAACAGACAGUAUUGUAAUCCCAUCAGAAGAUGACAAAAUUUAGCCAUAGUUCUGAAUGCACUUCAAAGUAAGCCAAAAGAGAACAGCUAGUGACCUUUUAUAUACUAUUUAUACUUAAGUUUUAAUUUGUCCUUU